GGUAACUUCCCCACCUUUUCGAAGAGCGGGGGUCCCAGGGGACUCACCCUCACAACUGUCGGUCCCACCGUCGAUAGGCAGGUAAAAACAGUCAGAGACACAUACAAACAACAUCAUGGCACCAUCAUCACGUCCAGCAGUCUACAGAGCCACCGGGAUCAAACGCCCCCUCACCGAACAGGAAUUGGUCACGGCACUCGAGAAGCUCUUCUCCGAGGAUGGAACCAUCCAGAUCCAGGCGAUGAUUUCCCCCGGGUGUUACUCGCACGAUGUCAUUGACGUUGCGCUGGUUACCUUCCUACCAAAAGCACCGACAUCUCUAGAAGAGAUGAUCAGAAAUCGCGACAGCGUCCUGAUUGAUACUGAGAAGGGACAGCUGUUGUUCGACAGGAAUUUUCAUGGACUCACACAGCUCUAUCCCACAACGAAAGGAGUUGCUGUCACUGCCGAUAUCGUCGCCGUCACGGGCCUCGACGGCCAUGCCUACGGAUCUUGGAGGUCAAGAGAAUCCGGAAAGAUGUGGCUUCGCGACUUCCUCUCGGAAAGUUUUCCCACUUGCAGAACAAUGAUAUACGGCUACGACUCCAAACUAGGGAGCACCGUGGGCAUGCACAGGAUACUAGACUAUAAACGUGCGUUUAUAGAGGAUCUCAAAAUGACGCGAAGAUUGACGGAGUCUACGGAUCGGCCACUUAUCUUCAUUUGUCACAGCUUUGGUGGUAUCAUCGUGGCUCAAACUUUAGUAUCCGCGGCCAGAGCUGAAAAAUUUGCCGAUCCUACGCAAUAUGCGAUCUUCACCGCCACUCGCGGCAUCAUGUUCUUCGGCACGCCACAUCGCGGACUUUUGACGGAAGAUAUCCUGAGUAUGGUGGAUAGAAAUGAACAGCCGGAAAGAACGCGGCUAGUGGAAUCGAUCGAUACGAGCUCGCAGGAACUACGAACUGAACUGGAAGGCUUCAUCGGAAUCGCUGCGGUAGGGAAGUUCAAGGUUUUCAGCUUCUAUGAGACCAAGAAGUCCCGAAAGUUGGUCAAGGGUCCGAGUGGUGGUUUUAGUAGGAGUGGUGACUGGUUUUUUCCGGUGGCUAAUGACUCGGCUUUGCUUGACCUGCCGGGCGAUUCGGAGGUCGCGAUUCCGGUACACGAAGACCAUUCCAACAUCGUCAAGUUUAGUAGCCCUCAGGAUUCAACCUUUGAGAUCGUGCGGCAUCACAUCUCGGAGGUGAGUGCAGGGCUGUGAAUAUUGGAGCCAACGAACUGGUUCAGUUAGCGGGUGGAUUAUAUUGUAGGCAUUUCAAUUUAUUUUUCAGGCGUCAGACUUUCAGUUAGUGCAGCUUGUUUGUGAUUUAUAACCUAGGUAGUUUGAUUGUUACUAUAAACUGCUUUCACUGCCAGUUGGAAAGAGG